AUGGUGGUUUGUUGGCUAUCAUCUAAUGAUAACUUGGAAUCUGAAGGCUUAUCGUCCUUAAAUUAUUAGUUUUUUCUUCUGCUAAACAUCUAAAGCAUUUACUUAUUUAUCUGUUUGAUGUAUUUUUGUAAGAAAUACAGUGAUGACUUUGUCAAAAACUUAAUUUAUUAUUUAAAAAUUUUUUAUUAUUAUAAUUCUUCUAUUUUACAUUUUCAUCAAUAGAGUUAUAAUCCACUUAAAAGUUUUAAAUUUCUUUUGCUUUCUCAAUAAAUUUUGAUAAACCCAAUCAGCCUCUGCAUUGAAUAUUCACUAAAAUAACAAUCUAUUUAUAAAUAAAUCAAGUGA